AUGCGAGAGAAGGCUGAGCAAGCACGCCUCGUGGCUCGCGGAGAGCUGAAGGAGGAAGGGCAAGCUCGGGCGGACGGUAGAAUCUGCGCUGGAGACGUGGACUCCCUGCGGAGGCUGGCACUCGAACACGCCCGCACACGCACCAGAAAGGGGCACUCGCCCUUCGGCGAGUGGAGCACGCAGCGGGAGCGCGCUCUUGUUUUCAAGCUCCGCGUCAAAGCAGGGGCAGCCCAGACUGAUAGAAAACAGCUGACCAAUCUCGGUCCCUCACAUAUCCCCCCCGCCUCGUUUUUCGUCCGCAACCAUUCCGCCGCCGUCGUCGUCGCGCACGUCGCCCGUCCCCCCUCCGCCGACAAUCACCCUGUCCUCGCCAUUCGUGCCGCCAUGAUAGCCGUCCAGAAGCCCCCACCUCAGUUCUUUGCUGCUCCUCUCUUGCGUCCGAGUCACAGCCGACACCCCUCCGCUCCAGUGGUGGUACGGCCGACGCAUACUCCUGGCCUCCUGUCCCUCUCGAAACCUUCUCAGCCCAAUGCUCGUCCCCAGACUGCUAACCAUCAGCGUCAGCAUCGCUCGUCGCCUCGGGGGAAGCCUCAACAGAAGUCGCCUCAACCGACACAGGCCAUAGCGCAGGUGCAACCGGUUGAAGACGCCAAGAAGUCAACGCCUCUCGUUCCUAGAAAUGAGAACAUUACCUCUGAGAAGCCCAAGAUUCAGCCUACUGCACCUGCGCCGACGGUUUCGGACAAAUCAGUUAGGGGCCGCCAGACUAACAAGCCCAGUAAAGAUAAGGCUCAACGAAGGAGCGCAUCUUCUACAUCUCGUGCACCUGCACGACGACAACGCCAUCAGCCAUCUCCUCCUCCUAUUGCUCUUCCACCCUCGCAGGCAGAGGACUCUUCCAAAUCUUCGCCCAAGUCGACCCGUCCUAUUGCCAGUGCCUCAGUAGAUUCUACCGAUCCUUUUCUCAUCCGUGACGUUCCGACUGUUGACGCCCCUCAAGGCGGGUCAUUAAAGCCCUCUCCCAAGGGCCCUACUUUUCGCUCUCCCCCACCCCUAACUCAGCCGUCUGGUAAGCUUGCGCGUCGUCGUCAGCUCACCACUCGAGCUUCGGUUUCGCCCAGCGCUCCAAAGGGAUCGCAAUCUCGCAAGGACCGUGUCGCGGCCCUUGUAGGUACCGUUAACGACAAACAGGACAUCGAUCUAACGACGCCCGUGCGCCAUGCGAAGACUCGUCGCACUCCGGUAGCCGCUUGGGACUGUUUCCCCAUCUGCGAUGAUUCGGCCGACCAAGCCGAUGACAGUGACGACACCCCGCCUACGACUCCAAUUAGAGAGUCUGCCAGUGUUCCAGUCAAGAGGAUCACAAAGGAGUGGCAUGCCGCUGGCGGCUUUGACGAUGUUCCGCAUACCGCUCCUCUGUCUUCGACGGCCGGUUUCCGCUUCGUGCCUCCGAGCCCGACAUCCACUCCUACUCCUGCUCAGCGACGCCGCAACCAUAGACGUGUGCCCAGCGAGGGUAUGUUUCAUAUGUCGAUGGAUGAGGAUUCAGCGUCCUCCGAUACGUUCCCUUCAAUAGGCAGAGCCCCUAUUCACAUGGGCAGACGCAAAAUUCCGGCCGAAUUUCGGCAAGCUGUGGCGAGUGGUAUUGAGAGUGGCACUUCAUCUUCAGCUCCUCAGGCAGGAUACUUUGCGGGUUCGAUGUUCCAAAACUCCCCGAGUCCUGAUGAACUUCCUCCGCCGUCAUUCUGA